GGUCCUGUCGGUGACGUCGCCAGCACCGACCAAGGGUUGGACGGUGGCUGCCGUUUGGUUGUUGGCGGGGGGCGAUCUGUUGGCGGGGAAUGGGCUGGGAAGAAGGAUGUGAGGAGACGGGCUGGGAAUUUGGGCCGUGGAGGGGGCGGGCCCAUAGAGAGGGAGGCCCAAAGAAGGGCUAAGCUAGAUGGGUCAAUGAGGGAUGGGGAGAGUGAGUUUGGGUCUAGGCGGCCCAAUAAGUUGAGAGGCAGAUUUGGGCCUAGGUGGCCCAAUCGUGAGCUGAGGGGAGCGUGUGGCCAUGGAAGGGAUAAGAGAGCCAAAAGUCACCGGGCAUUGGGGUCGAUGGUCUGCCGACGAUCUUGGACGGUGGAUUUUGCGGAGCCGGCGAGAGGUACCGAGGCUGAGAACCGGCUCGAAUCUGGGAUGGAUCUAUUGAAUUCGUUCGUCGGGCAAUGGGUGAACAUACCCAUAACCAUGGAGCUCGAAGACAUGAGUCACCUCCUUCAAGUGCCCACUCGAAUGACGAAUGAGUUGCAACCACAUACUUCUGAUCUGAAGAACAAAUCU